UCCGAGGCGUGCGAUCAGCUUAAACGCUCGUGUGACAGGCAGCCCAGGCGCUGUUAGCCAGAUCGCUCGUCCCAGCUUCAGCGGUGGGGGAAAGAAAAGAACCUUGUUCAUCUUCAGCAGAAGAAUCGCUUGCAUCUAAGGAAGAAGGAAAAAAGAAGCAAAGAAGACUUUGGAAUUACGGCAACAAUAGUAGAGAGAACAAAAAAAAAUUUACAGAAGUUUAAGAAGCAUUAGUGGCCAGGGCGAGAAGAGAAAAAUAUAAAGAAGCCGGCUUAACUUUGCUGGUCCUUAACCAGGAAGAAACUUUUUUUUUGGGGGGGUGGGGGUAAUCCUGUUUCCUUUUCCUUUCUCACAGUGCUGUCUAAUAUAUAAGGGCUCGCCUUUGCAACUGAGGGCAGUCGUUUCACCCAACGUCCACUUACAAGUUUUUUUCAACUUUGGCUGUGAUUUUUUGUUUUACUGCGUUUUUUGAGAGGGGAGAAGAAAUAAUUUUUUUUGAGGGGGAAAAACAGUUUAAAACCGAUUAACGCCGAAAAGUGGUGGAAAUGGCCCCUUCGUGGAUGUACCUGGCGGUGAGAUUUUUGGGAGUUCUGCACCUUAUUAAUUUAUUGGCUCGGAGUGGUCGGGCUCUUGUGUGCUUGCCCUGCGAUGAAUCCAAAUGCGAGGAGCCAAGGAAUUGUUCGGGGAGUAUACUGAUGGGCUUCUGCGGCUGCUGCGCGACCUGUGCUAAGCAGCAGAACGAAACUUGUGGCGGCGUCUACGGAGUGUACGGCACUUGCGAUCUCGGCCUCCAUUGCGUUAUCAGACCUCCCUUCAGCGGCGGCUCCAUCACUGGCUACGAAGUUGGGAUCUGCCAAGAUGAGAACUGGGAGGACGACCAGCUUCUUGGAUUUGAGCCCUGCAAUAAAAACCUAGCAACAGGCUGCAAUAUUAUCAACGGCAAGUGUGAAUGCGAUGCCAUUCGGACCUGUAGUAACCCUUUCGGCUUUCCCGAUCGGGAAAGCUGCCUCUCGGCUCUGAAGCGGAUUGAAGAAGAGAAGCCAGAUUGCUCAAAGGCCCGGUGCGAGGUCCAGUUCUCUCCACGCUGCCCCGAGGACUCCAUCCUGAUCGAAGGCUAUGCCCCACCCGGCGAGUGUUGCCCACUGCCGAGCCGCUGCAUGUGUAACCCCGCCGACUGCUUGAGGAAGGUCUGCCAGCCCGGCUACCAAAGCAUCCUCGUUUCCAAGGCUUCGGGGAAGCCAGGGGAAUGCUGCGACCUUUACGAGUGCAAGAAAGUCUACAACGUGGACUGCAGCACAGUGGAGUGCCCCGCCAGUCAGCAGGUUGACUGCCCUCCCGACAGCCAGGAGACCCCGCCCCGACUGACCGCCGACGGCUGCUGCACUCUCCCGAUACGGUGUGAGUGUUUGCCGGGGAUCUGCCGCGUCCCUAAGUGUGAGCCUGGUACGAUGCCUCGGAUCGUCUCUCCCGGUGACGGCAUGCCGGGCAACUGCUGCGAUCGAUUCGAGUGCAUCAAUGAGACGAAGCCCACCUGCAUAUUCAACGGUGUGGAAUAUUAUGACGGCAACAUGUUCCGGAUGGAUGCCUGCCGAUUCUGCAGGUGCCAAGGGGGCGUCUCCAUUUGCUUCUCAGCUCAGUGUGGCGAGCUGCACUGUGACAGGUACUACGUGCCCGAAGGAGAGUGCUGCCCAGUCUGUGAAGAUCCGAUUUACCCGAUCCACAACCCCGCCGGCUGCUACGCAAAUGGACAGAUCCGGGCACACGGCGACCGCUGGCGAGAGGAUGACUGCACUUUCUGCCAGUGCGUGAACGGCGAGCCCCAUUGCAUGGCCACAGCCUGCGGACAGAGCUGCCUGAACCCAGUGAAGAUCCCCGGCGAGUGCUGCCCGGUCUGCGAGGAGCCGACAUAUAUCACCAUCGGGCCGCCAGUGUGCGAGCAGCUGAGAAACUGUACCCUGACAGAGAGGGACUGCAUCUACGGCUUCAAGCUCGACAACGGUGGAUGCCGGAAGUGCCAGUGCAAAACGAGAGAGGAGCUUUGUACAGGCCUGAUCUCGGGCUGCGGUUUGGAUUGUCCCUUUGGCCUGCAGACCGACGUACACGGCUGUGAGAUCUGCCAGUGCCGGGCGCGGCCAAAAAGAUGCAAACCUGUCGUGUGCGACAAGUACUGCCCGUUUGGAUACAUGAAGAACAAACAUGGCUGUGAUAUCUGUCGCUGCAAGAGGUGCCCUGAGCGUCCAUGUGACAAGUAUUGUCCAAUGGGCUUCGAGCAGGACAUAUAUGGCUGCCUUAUCUGCAAGUGCAGAGAUGUGCCCACCACCCUGGUUCCACCGGUGAAAGCCAGCUCCUGCCUCUCCAUGGACGGCCGGCGGCACGAGAGUGGCGAGAGCUGGCACGACGGCUGCCGGGAGUGUUACUGCAACGGAGGGCGCGAGAUGUGCGCGCUCAUCACCUGCUCCGUGCCCAACUGUGGAAACCCUGCCAUUCGUCCAGGACAGUGUUGCCCAACCUGCCCAGAGGACCUGGAGCUUUGGAAGCCAGAUCAAGGCGACUCGUCGAUCUGCCACGCGCCUGGCGGAGAGUAUUACGUGGAAGGAGAGACCUGGAACAUCGACUCUUGCACCCAGUGUACAUGCCACAGUGGCCGGGUGCUGUGCGACACGGAGGUCUGCCCUCCCAUCCUCUGCCAGAACCCCACCAGGACCCUGGAUUCCUGCUGCCCACAGUGCCCAGACGAGCCCCUUCAGCCGGCAGCACCCAGCAACAGGAGCAGACCCAGCUACUGCAAGAACGAGGAGGGCGACAUCUUCCUGGAGGCCGAGUCCUGGAAGCCGAACGUGUGCACCAGCUGCAUCUGCAUGGAGGGCAUCAUCAGCUGCUACUCGGAGUCCUGCCCGGCUGUCACCUGCCCCCGGCCUGUGCUGAGGAAGGGCCAGUGCUGUCCCUACUGCAUCGAGGAGACUAUCCCGAGCAAAGUGGUGUGUCACUUCAAUGAGAAGACGUACGCGGAUGAGGAGCGAUGGGACAUCGAUAGCUGCACCCACUGUUACUGCCUGCAAGGCCAGACCCUCUGCUCAACGGUCAGCUGCCCACCCCUCCCCUGCCUGGAGCCGGUCUACAUGGAGGGGAGCUGCUGCCCCGUGUGUCCAGACUUGUACCUACCGGAGCCGACCAAUAUUCCCAUUGAAAAGUUCGACCAGAGAGGAGAGAUUGAGGUGGAAGCGCCUUUCUGGCCGACUCCCAGCGGGAACGAAAUCCCUGCCCACCUCCGGGACGACGAGAACCUGCGUGUGAACGCCAUCAGUGGAGACUACCCGCGGUUCAGUGAAGAUUCUGCCAUGCACUCAGUGGCGUGGGUGGCGGUGCCCGUUAUGAUCGCCCUGAUUCUCGUCAUCGCCCUGCUGCUGGUGAACCAGAAGAAGCAGUGGAUUCCUGUGCCCUGCUACAGAGCCCCUACAAAGCCCUCGUGUCUGAACAACCAAUUGGUGUACGUGGACUGUAAGAAAGGAACCAUGGUUCAAGUAGAUAGUUCCCAGAGGAUGCUGAGAAUGGCGGAACCGGAUUCCAGACACAGUGGUUUCUACAGCAUGCCAAACACAAAGCAAAACAACUUGCAAGCGGACAGCUUCUAUCAGACGCACUGGAUCGUGUAAAGAUACUACCAGAGAUGAGGACAACCACAACAGGCUUUUCCCAUGAAGCUCCCAGCCUCUCUGGUGGCUUCCUAAGAGUUUCUGAAGGUGAACAUAGAAGACGUUUUGUUUGGACAGAGUUCCUGCUCGAUACCGAAAGAGGAAAGAGACUGGGUUUUUGUACUUACUGGUAUGCAGAUUAGAGACUGCUUCCGUGGAAGGAAGCUUCGUAAUUAUAUAUUACUCAAGCACCUUUUUUGAAACUGAGAAAAAGGAAAUUAUGCUUUGUGAAACAUUAGCAUUAUAGGAAUAUUUAUGUUAAUAUAUAUUAUGCUGAAACAAAAGUAUUUGUACAUAUAUAUAAUUUUCUAUGUUUUCCUGUUUAAUGUAUUUAUAUCCUAGAGAGAUUUUAUCCAGUUUUAAAAAAAAUUAGCUUAACAGGCAUUCCAUUUUAGUGCUUGGUGGCUCACAGGACUCGUGGAAGGAAAGAGCAUCUCAUUUUGCCUAAGAUUUUGUGCCUUUUUAAUGAUGCCUCAGCAUUAUUCUCACUCUUUCUGAUUUCAGCCUACAAAGGGCUUUAAAGAUCGCACAAUAGGUCUCGCAGUUAUCCAUAAUAUAAUCGGAGUGCUUGCCAGUCUUUAUUAUUCUUUUUGCUUUUUCUUACGUGCAGCCAUUGCAGUGUGGAUGAACUUGUGCAGCCUGUUGUCUGAUCCGUUAGGGAUAAAAUGCACUGGGCCAUCUCCCAUUAUAAACUGUGUGCUUUACUUUUGCUCCUCCAUUUUGUUUUCCUCUGCGGAGGUUUGUCGUCUUCCGGAUCCUCCUAAGAAGCUCCAGACUCUUUGACUUUAUCAAAGGAAAAUGUCCUAUCAGCUCAGUAAAGGGCUGCACGUCCUGAAGGGAUGAUCAGUCUGCAGGUCAAGAAGAUUGUUGAUUGAAUACCCUGGUCAUACUUGAGUUGCUCCCUCUUGGCACCAGUUGGAGGGACUUUACAAUUGGCCAAGUUGUCCAGAGGUUGGGGGAGCAUGAGGGCUUGUGAGGCAGGCAGAGUAUGGGGAUUCAGUCCUCUAGACUUCCUGCCUUUGGUCAUUUUCUUUACUGGACAGUGGACGUGCAUGGAAUCAGGGAGCCAGGUUUUGCUCAGAUGGUGCCUUUUCAGGCUCAAGGGGCCAUUACCCAAGCACCUGUGAAGAAUGGCCAUUGUGAAGCAAAUAUUAGUCAUGGACCACUGACCCAUCUCCCCUGUAGUGAGGGCAGUGGGAUUGGGAGGGCUGAGGAGGAAACGGCAACAAAUAUGAAUGUAGUUAAUCAGAUUGCCCAAGGUUGCAAGAUCAGCACUGAGUGAGUGCUAAUAAACUUGCUCCCUGCUCUGAAUUUGCUCUAGAUCCCUCAUCCAAUAGAUACACACCAACGUGCAGUAUCUUCAUGGUGUCCUCUUUUCACUUGUCAUCUCCAAUCACAAUGCCCUGACCUUUUCCAGCUCCACUUCCUAUGAUCCAUCCUGAUAAAGCUCUUGCCCCAACACCCAACCACCUAGCCAUGCAUCACCACCCUCCACCGUACAGUUCAACAGAUGCUUCUGCUACCAUUGAUUGAUCUACUUCUUCUCCCAGAUCUCACAAGGACACAAGGAGACAGGAGCAGGAGUCGGCCACCAGUUCCCUCAAGUCUGCACUAUGAUAUCAUGGCCGAACUACGCUGGCCUCAACUCUUCCUCUGCACCAGUUCCCCAUAACCCUUAAUUCUCCUAUAUUGCACAUAUUUAUCUAUCUCCAUCAUAAAUAAUGAUCUGGGCCCCAUCAUUCUCAGAGACAGAAAAUCUCAGAGGCUUACUACCCUCUGAGGGAUGAAAUUUCUAUUCACCUUAGCUUUAAGAGACUAGCCCCUUGUUUUUUAACGAUAUUCCUUUGUGAUGCUCCCACUAGUGAAAGCACCUAAACAAUCCCCCUUAUAUUUGAAUAAAGUUACCCUUCAAUCUUCUCAAAUCCAAGGAACACAGAACCAAAAUUGCCUAGCCUGUAUUGAUAAGACAACCCUUUCAUCCCAGAAAUUAAGCUGGAGAAUCUCCUUUGUACUUCCUCUAUUGCUAAUACAUUAUUUUUUUCUGUUAAGGGGACCAAAACUGAUCAUAGUAUUCCUGGUAUGGCCUCAUCAACACAAUUAUAACAAAAUCUCUUAAUUCUUAAACUGCAACCCUUCACAAUAAGCAUCACGCCGUUGACCUUCAUGACAGUCUUGUUGGGGCUUCCUGCCAGAUUACUGUGAUUCAUGCAACAAACACAUACAUAGAUCCCUCAGAAGUUGAUUUGUUUGCAGUCUCUCUCUGUUUAGAUAAUAAUCUGUCUUUUGAUUCCUUUCACUGAAGUGCAUGACCUCACACAUCCCCCAUAUUAAGCUCCAUUUGCCAGGUUUUCACCCACUCACCCAGUCUGGAUCUAUCCCAUUACAAAAACACAGUAAUCUCAUCACAAAAUGCCACUACACCUACCUUUGCAUCAUUUGCGAACAUGGAAAUCUUACUUUUCAUUUCAUCCUCCAUGUCAUUAAUGAAAAUAACUGUGGGCCAAAAACUGAUCACUCAAAUACUCCACUAAUUACAUCUCUCCAGUCCGAAAAGGAAUCAUUUAUUUCAACUGAAAAGUUUAACGUAAAUUUAUUCACAAAGUACAUAUGUCACAUUACAUAUAACUACAUCACAGUCAGUUUUUGAUCCACACUAACACAUUUCCUCCAAUAUCAUGGGCUCCUAAUUUAUGCACUAUUCUCUUGUGAAGUAAUUUGUCAAGUGACUUUUGGAAAUUUAGAUAUACUACAUCUACAUGUUCCCCCUGUCAACUCUCCAUAUCCCACCCUCAAAGAACUUGAGCAAAUUUGCCAAAUGUAAUUUGCCUUUCAUAAAAAUAUGUUGAUUAUGUCUGCAUAUUUUCAGCUUUCUUAAGUAAUUCAUUAUUUCUUCUUUGAUUCACGUUGGGAGCAACAGAUGUUAAGCUAACUAGCCUCACCUUCUAUCUUCCCCCUGUUUUUGAACAAGGAAGUUAUAUCGGCUAUUUUCAAUCCUCUGGUACCCAUUUGGAAUUUAGUAACUUUUAUAAACUUCUACCAAUAGGCACACUAUUCCUGCAGUCACUUCCUUUUAAACUUCUGGGUGCCAUUGACUUGUCCAGCUUUAGCCAGUGAGUUUCCUUAAUACUUUAUCCCUUGUAAUGGGAAUUUUGCAAGUUCCACCCUGUUAUUUCAAAGUAGCCCAUCUGUUAUCUUGGGGAUGUUUGCAGUACCCACCAUGGCAGAGGCAGAGGCAAAACAAUUGUUUUGGCAUACUUGCCAUUUUUUGUUUCCUAUAAUUAAUUCACCAGCCUCUUUCUCGGGAGAUCCCACACCUACACUAGCCACCUUCUUCCUAGUUAUCUAUCCAGAGAAACUCUUAACUGUUUUAAUAUUACAUGCAAGGUUUCCUUCUAAAGUCAAUUUCCUUACAUCUAAUGAGCUUUGCUAGUUUGUUGGAUACUAAAAAAGAUCCCGCCAAGCCUGAUCACUUUCUAUGCCCUACUUUUCAAUUUAACGUUCUCCUUGACCUGACAAUGUCACAGACUGUGCCUCUUUCUCAUGGAAAUCCUCUUUCUUAUUGGAAUAAGUUCUUGCCCAUGGACCAACUGUCUGAAUAUCAGCCACUGUAGAUCAACUGGUCUGUUCUCAUACUGUAACUUCCCAGACCAACCUAGACAAUGCCAGUUCCAUAUCAUUGUUUACCCCUAUUUACAAUGACAUCAGUGGUUUUGGUCCAUCCUCAAACUGUAUCUGAAUUCUGGAGUUUUGUGGUCACUACCUCCUCGAGGAUCCUUAUUCGCCAGAUCCUUCCUCAUUUGUCAUGACCAGAUCUAAAAUAUCUUGAUGUUUUCAUCCUCCACUUGAAGCCCUUGUCCCUGAUAAAUUCUUGCAACCUGUACGUUCCCCUAGGCACAUCCUCCACCCACAUGUGCUCCACUUCCAAAAGAUACCUGUCAAUUAAUUGGCCUUCAGUCAGGAGGUCUGACUGAAUCAGGUGAACAGGUGUCCUCCCCUGCCGAAUCUACUCCCAGUUCCAGGAUCACCUUGAAGAUCAAAUAUAGCUGUCCCAUCCUGAAGUUUUUUCAUCAGUAAACUGUCUCCAUGAACUCCAUUCAUCCCAACAGCAUAUAUAAUGUAAUACACACAGAAUGCUGGAGGAACCCAGCAGGGUGGGUAGCAUCCAUGGAAAUGAACAGGCAGUCAUAUAUAUAUAUAAGGUGAUAGACUUCCAUUGUCCAUACGAUCAGGGCUAUCUCUUCAUUCUGGUCUUUUGUGCUUUCCCUCGUUCCACAUGCCGGGCUCUUCCCUGAACUUGCUCUUCCUUUGAGUUGCCUAUUUUUCCAUGCAUGCUCCUAACUUGCAGCUCCUGUGCUCUCUCAGCUUUUUUGCUUCCCACACAAAUCCCAUGUUAACUUGGUAAAGGCGUUCCCUUUCAUCCUGUUUUCUUCCCCACUUUUCGCAGCUGUCAGAGGCAUUCAAUUCAAAACAACCCGCGAUGCCUCCUGUUCCUUAGCACAAGGACCCUCCUCAUUUUCUUCCGAAUUCUCCAGUCCCACGUUUCAGUUUCCCAAAUCAGGUCUUGUUUUCAUUUACAUACUCCCUGCCAAAACCAUAAGACUUACAUGCAGAAUUAGGAGAUCUGGCCCAUUGAGUCUGCUCCAUCAUUCAAUCAUGGCUGAUUUAUUUUCCCUCUUGGCCCUGGCCCCCUAUCUUCUCCCCAUAACCUUUGAUACCCUUACUAAUCUAGAACCUAUCAACCUCCACUUUAAGUAUACCCAAUGACCUGGCUGUGGCAAAGAAUUCCACAGGUAUACCACCCCCUCUAUAAAGAAAUGCCUCCUCAAAUACUUGCCUUCUCUUCCAAAAAUAGCUGGAGGCUGCAUCCUACCACUCAUUCUCCAAACACAAGAGCUCCCUUCCAAUACGUCUUCAGCACUUUCCCCUCCUUAAAGCUGAUCUCUCUGACCAAACUUUAGCUCACUUUCCCUUGGCGCAGCAUCGGUUGUGCCCUGGGGACCUCACUGCAGUACUGGGGUAGAUGCAGUUGUCAGUAGGUGGGGAUGGCGGCAGAGGUGGAUUCUCUCCCAUGCAGUUCGUAUGAUGGGUAAUCGUUGAAAACCUCCAGAUGACAUCAAAGGCAUCGCAAUGACAGAAUGUCUGGAAAGCUGGAGGGAGAAACGAGAACAAAGAUGAUCCGCCUCCUGUUGCUGAAGAGAUACUGACAAAAUAACUAUUGGAAUGCUGGCAUUGAUAAGCUGGACUUUUUCUUUGUAGUGAGUCUCUUAGUCGUUAAAACUUACUAAAUAUAUUAAAAAAAAGACAGGUCUUGGCACUUUUGUACUAAUUACCCCCUCUUUGUGUAAUAACGUUUUUAAAGUGCUUUCACGAGGGAAUCCAUUACCCAUUUUGCUUUAAUGUGAAGACAUUUGUACUUUUUUUUCGUAGUAGAAUUCCCAAGUAUUGUUGUAGAUACUUGGGGUCAGAGCUUGUUAAACUUUUAGGCUGAAAAAAAAUCUAAUUUAUUGUUUGCCCUAAUUUAUUAAUCUGGAGAUUAAUGAAAAGUUAGAACAUUUCAAGAUGUACGUUUUUUUUUUGCAUUAUUUGAACGGGAGGAAAAGGAAGGUGAUCUGGUUUAACUAAGGGUUGAGCUUUUCCUAUCAAUGUGGCUUUUUCUUUUCAUUUUUGCCUGAGAGUUACUUCCCGAGACCUUAGCUGCUGUCUCUUGCUCACCUCCUCCUCCCUACCCUUCCCAAUCCUUGUGCACAGGAAUUACGUUGUUCCUGUUUGGCUCAGAAGAGAUACGUUCUGUCAAGACCGAUUGCUCUAUGCUUUCCCAACCAAAAGACUUUUAAGUUGAGAAGUGUUUUUUUUUUAAACAGAUAUCAUUCACUGCUUGUUUUUAUUUUGUGAUUGUGGUUGUAUUCCGGUGAGAAAAAAAAGGAACAGAGAGGAUACAGGACAAGAUGCUGUUUUCAAAAUGAAAAAAAAAAUAGGUGAGAAGGGGAAAAACAAGAUGCCUGCCCACUACGUCCUGUAUCUGACAUUCUUGUACUUUGGUUACUGUUGUGCUAAUGUAAAAUAAUGCAAAAUAUUUCUAAAAUAGAUGCGUAUGUGGCACUUGGAGUGCACUGCAGUUCUGCAGUUUGCUUGUUUACUUUUUUUUUAAAUGUAAGGCAUUUUUUUUCGUGUACAUUUGCUCUUGACAGCACAAUAAACAAUGUUAAACCCCA